CGUCACAGUGGAUGGGCUGCCGAGUCAAAGCGUCUCGAAGCGUCAGCGUGAGAUCACCCUGCGACAAUAUUCCAUCGCGUUUGGACGAUCGGUUGGUGGGUGCGUGGCCGGCCGAGCAUCUCAGCGCUGAGUCGGAUUCCGUGCGCUGGACGUCAUGACUUGGGUGUUGACAUCAAAGACCUCCGAUUUCGCCGCUUGAGAUCCGUAUAUAUAUGUACCCAAGUAUUCGCUAUCGAUUUCUCUCCUUCCUUGUCUCAUCACCAAACCUUACACACAACCAAUCCACACAAAUUCCCAUCGCAUUAACAAUCUUCAAAAUGCAAGACUCCGCCUACACCAAGUCUUCUCGCCUCAAUCGGUCUCGCGACGCUACCGGCGAAACGGAAGCCCCGUCAGCUACCUCCAUGAGUAGCGGACAGGCCAGCGGCAUUACCGGACAGUCUGGUGGUCUUACUGGCGUUCGCGGCGAUGAGCGCGCUGCGAGCGGUAUCGACACAUUGCGCGGCAUGGGUACGACCGGUUCUUCGAAGGGCAGCAUGGAUCCGGCUGUCGGUGAUACGAGCUUCAAGAGCCACGCGAAGCCCGGCGGCAGCAUCCUUCCCGAGAUCAUCCAGAAGGCGGUCCCCGAGAAGAUCGAGAGGAUGGUCCCCAAUGCCAUCCACGAUACCGGAGACAAGAAGGUGUUUGAGAAGUAACCUGCUUGGUAUCGGCCUUCGGUUGGAUCGGGAAGAAGGACAAUCGAUGUAGAUUUUGUUGGGAAACGUUUAUGGUUUAUGAUAGAGGAAAUGUACAUAAUAGUAUCAGAAAAUUAAUGCUGGUUUUGACCGUUUGAGUGUGCA